AUGGAUGUCUCCGCAUCGGCAGGUGCUCCCAGCACCACUCUUCCACCUGGAACCGUUCAAUUGAUAAGCUAUGAACAAGCCACAGAAUCAUCCAGUUUCAUUCUUUCGCCCGUCCCGUCUUCGGACCCGAACGACCCCCUGAACUGGAGCAAAUGGCGCAAAUACCUCAACUACAGUCUGGCUAUGGGGGUGACCGUUGCUGCUUUUACCAAUCUUUCAAUCCAGACCGUGUUUUGGCAGCAAAUGACUGUCGACUUGAACGUUACCAUCGAUCAACUCAGCCAUGCCCAGUCAGCUCAACUCGCAGGCCUUGCUACUGGAUGCAUAUUUUUCAUCCCGUUCACGAUCAAAUAUGGCCGAAGACUCACGUACUUAGCCUCAACGGCAGUGUUGGCUGCCGCAGCAUGGUGGACAUCUUCGAUGCACUCAUACGCUGAGUUGAUCGUCACGGCCGUCAUCACUGGACUUGCCGGUGCGAUCAACGAGACUGCUGUGCAGAUGACGAUUGCCGACAUCUUUUUCGUGCACCAGCGAGGUUCCGCAAACGGUCUAUACUUCAUGGCGGUAAUGGUUGGAAGUUUCCUCACCCCUUUGGCAGCUGGCUCCCAGGCUGUUGCUCAAGGAUGGAGAUGGUCUUACUAUGCUCUGUCAAUCGCCCUCACGGUCCUCUUCGUAAUGUUCGUCUUCUUGUACGAGGAGACAAAAUACGUGCCUGUCACGGUCGGUGAACGUCAAGCUUUCGAGUCAGGGACUCCCGAGUUCGAAAACGACCUUACGAAGACCAAGAGCAUGGAGAAGAACGGACUCGAACUGAACUACACACAGUCGAAUAUCACGCCCAGCUUGCCUUUGAACACCUACCGCGAACGAAUGCGUCUUGUGACUCCAACCUCCGAGUCCCUUGUACGAGUCUUCGUCCUGCCACUCCACGUCAUCACCCUCCCGCACGUCAUGUUUACCGCCUUGCAAUUCGCUUCGGGGGUUUGCUGGUUGGUGCUCUUCAUGUCGGUUGUCUCAGUCGUGUUUUCCGCACCGCCGUACAAUUUCGACACGGCAUCCAUUGGUUACAUGACCCUUGGUCCGUUCGUUGGAAAUAUCUUUGGCAGUCUCUACGGCGGUCCAUUUGCAGACUGGGCGGUGCUGCGCUUGGCCAAAAGGAAUGGUGGGCUUUUCGAGCCUGAGAUGCGACUCUACCCCCUUUUCUUGCCUGUAAUCACCAUGGCUGGCGGAAUUGUCAUGUUUGGAGUCACAGCAGACAGGGGGAUGCAUUGGAUCUACCCCAGCAUUGGUGGCGCGUUCUUCGCGUUCGGUCUUGGUGCCAAUGGAGAUAUCACCUUCACUCUUCUCAUUGACACUUACAGAGAGCUCACCGCCGAGGCUUUCGUCGGCGUGGCGUUCAUCCGCAACGCAGUCAGCGUUGGUGUGCCGUCCGCUCUAGUCCCUUGGAUGUCAAACAUGGGUCUUAGUAACAUGUACAUCCUCAGCGGCGCUAUAUCUCUCGUUAUUGGACUGUUGUAUGUCCCGAUGAUCAUCUGGGGCAAACGGAUUCGGACCGCCCUGGCCCCUCGGUACUGGCGGCUGGUGGAGAAGCGUAUGAAGAUCUAG